AGCAACAUACACGCACAUAAACUAGAGACGUACGUACAUAUAUAGAAGCACAUACUCUCUCUGAACUAGGGUUGCCCUCCAUCUCUCUCUCUCUCUCUCUCUCUCUCUCAGUUCUGCAAAAAGCGACGAAUCACAUCAAAUGCAAUAGUCGAAUCACUAGAAAACAACUACUAUGCCCAGUAUGGAAACUGAAAAUUCAAAUGUUUUGCGAGCUGAAGAAAUCAAACUUCUUGCUAAUGAAGCGUUCAAAGCACAUAAAUAUUCUCAAGCUAUUGAUCUGUAUACUCAAGCAAUUGAACUACACAGUGAAAAUGCAGUGUACUGGGCAAAUCGUGCAAUUGCUCACACUAGACUAGAGGAGUAUGGCAGUGCAAUACAGGAUGCAUCAAGGGCUAUUGAAGUUGAUCCCAAAUAUUCGAAGGGUUAUUAUAGGCGAGGUGCAGCACAUCUUGCAAUGGGCAAGUUCAAAGAAGCCCUAAAGGAUUUUCAGCAGGUCAAGAAAAUCUGUCCAAAUGAUCUUGAUGCUACUAGGAAAUUGAAGGAAUGCGAGAAAGCUGUAAUGAAGCUCAAAUUUGAAGAAGCAAUUGCUGUACCUGAGUCUGAAAGGCGUUCAAUAGUUGAUUCUAUUGAUUUCCAUUCUAUAGAGGUGGAGCCACAGUAUGAUGGUGCAAGAAUAGAGGGAGAUUUUGUAACUUUAAAUUUUGUGAAGAAAAUGAUGGAUGACUUUAGGAAUCAGAAGUUUUUACACAAACGAUAUGCCUUCCAGAUUGUCUUACAAACAAGAGAAAUGCUGUGCGCAUUGCCGUCUCUUGUUGAUAUAAAUAUUCCCGAUGGAAAGCAUUUCACUGUUUGUGGUGAUGUACAUGGUCAGUAUUAUGAUCUUUUAAACAUUUUUGAGCUCAAUGGGCUUCCCUCAGAAGACAAUCCAUACCUGUUUAAUGGCGACUUUGUGGAUAGGGGAUCUUUUUCAUUAGAGGUCAUACUCACACUGUUUGCAUUUAAGUGCAUGUCCCCGUCAGCUAUAUAUCUCUCCCGAGGAAACCACGAGAGUAAGAGCAUGAAUAAGAUAUAUGGUUUUGAGGGUGAGGUCAGGUCCAAGUUGAGUGACACAUUUGUGGAAGCCUUUGCCGAAGUGUUCUGUUGUUUACCUUUGGCUCACGUAAUAAAUGAGAAGGUUUUCAUAGUUCAUGGUGGUCUUUUCAGUGUUGAUGGGGUUAAGCUCUCUGAUAUUAGAGCAAUUGAUCGGUUUUGUGAGCCGCCAGAGGAAGGUUUGAUGUGUGAAUUGUUGUGGAGUGAUCCACAACCUCAGCCUGGAAGAGGUCCUAGCAAGCGGGGUGUAGGUCUUUCUUUUGGUGGAGAUGUAACAAAAAGAUUUUUGCAGGAAAACAAACUAGAUUUAGUUGUGCGGUCUCAUGAAGUGAAGGACGAAGGUUAUGAGAUUGAGCAUGAUGGUAAACUUAUUACUGUGUUUUCUGCUCCAAACUAUUGUGAUCAGAUGGGUAAUAAGGGUGCUUUUAUUCGCUUCGAAGCCCCCAACCUGAAGCCAAACAUUGUUACAUUUUCAGCAGUGCCGCAUCCCGAUGUCAAGCCAAUGGCAUAUGCCAACAACUUCCUCCGAAUGUUCUCUUAAUUCAAAUACUUAAUCAGAGGAUUGAACACAUGUUCCCAUAUACCUUGGUGUUACUGCCCCAGUGCAAAGUUAUUCCAGAAGGUUGAGAAGAGGUGGUUCGUUUGACACGUGUGAAUUUCCCUGUGAGAUUUUUAGACUUUUUUUUCUUUCCUCCUCUCCCCGGCUUUACUACUGCCCGCUUUAAAAGUGAAAAUACUAGGGCCCCCAAGUUCAUGUUUUUGCUGAGUGAAAAAGAAGCAUGAAUGGCGGUGCAUGUAAAAUGUUUGCCUUAUUUUUUUGUCUCCUCGUUUGGAUUUAUUAUUUCCUGUUUCUCGGUUUGCUUUUAUUAAUUUAUCUAAUCCUCCAUCAAUGAGCAUGCAUCAUGUGAUUUUGCAAACCAGAUUUUAUUUAAUUAUCUAUUUUCUAUUUGGAUUUA